GUGUAUGUUUUACUUUCAGUUUUGAGGGAGAGUAUAAGAACCCCAGAUAACAGCCUAGGGGCUAAGAAGAGACAGAUCGGAGCCUCCAGACCAGACAGCAGAGCCAUGGAUGUGCAAAGUCUAUCCCAGUUUCAGCAGAGGAAUGGCUGCUCACCAGUCCAGGCAGCUCUUCCCACCAAGGGUUGCAAUUGGUCCUUCCAAGAGGUCACCCACCUCCACCCCUUCCCCAUCGGACCAGCAACUGACACCAGAGUGUCCCUGACCAUCAGCAACGGCUCGAGAACCCUGCAGCUGGAAGCCGAUCUCUGUGAGACAGUCGAUCAGAUCAAGGAGCGGAUCAUGCAGGAGAGGAAAUUUGGUGGCUUGGGGUCCAUCAGCCUGUUGUACGAGAGUCGGGAACUGCAGGGCUCGGAGAUCCUGGGGCGGCAAAAUGUGAAGAACCAGGCCACACUGCUCAUUGUCUACAAAUGCCAUGGGGGAUAAAUGGGAUUAAAGAUUCGUGGGGAGAAGCACGCGUUAGACAGAACACGUGCUAAUUGCUUGUUGCUACCGGCCAAUCUAUCUGCUCGCUAUGCACAGGCACCAGCUGCCUUGGUAACAAAUCCAAAUGAUCAUUUUUGCUUCAUAAAGUAUCAUUUCCAUGCUGUAAAAGCCACCUCUUGAGUGGGCUAAAGGAUGCUAGAGGGCUAAAGGAUGAAAGGCUGGGACUGAAUUUUUGUAGCCCACUGGCUGAGCCACUUUCUUUAGUUAGUUUUUCUAACUGAAAUCUAAAUAAAUGUGGAAUGCUAGGCUGCCCGGGAACUGCGGCUGUAAUUGCACCAUUCAGAGAAAUGCAAAUAAAGAUCAGAAAAAUUAGCUACCCA